CUCUCACCUUGCUGUCCUUCCUAAAAUUGAAAACGCAAUCAAGAAAGUAAUAGCCCAAAGGGCAAAAACCCUAAUAAUCGCUUUCUCCUCUCCCUUGCUCGGUCUCUACCUCUCUCGCCGCUGCCUCGCCUCCGUUUCCCCUUUGCCGUCGUAGCCUCGCGUCCAGCCCUCCAUUGCGGCAUUGCGGUUCUCCAUCUCGGCGUUGCAGUCGGCGGUCGCAGCCGACCAAGACGAUCGAGAAGGCUUCUCGGCGUUGCAGUUGGUGGUCGCAGCCUUCUCGGCGUUGCAGUCAUCGGUCGCAGCCCUUACAUGUUGGGCGUUCGCCAAAGUCAAGUCUACAAGAGGCAGAGACCACCGGGGGCCAAAAAGCUACGCGUAAAGGUCACGCCAUUUUAGAGUUGACGAAGACUCGAAUUGGUUUGCUUUUCUUAUGUGAAAAACAGUGGGGAAAGUUCUAGGAAGCGAGGUCCGAAGUGUAAUAUAAACGAACUUUAGUGGUGGUAAAGUGAACGAGCCUUUCUUGUUCAGGUGCUACGAGAGAGGAAACCUCGGAAGAAAAUACUUUUGAGAAUGGACAUGAGAAACAGCUCGGAGGCUGGAACGAACGGUGGUGAGCCGUCGGCGAUUGACUACGACGUCUUCUUGAGUUUCAGGGGGCCGGACACUCGCCAAGGCUUCACAGAUUGUCUUUAUCACCAAAUGCAAGAAGCAAACAUCCGUGUUUUCCUCGACGAGGAAGAGCUCCACGUCGGUAAAGAAAUAGCUGAUGAACUACCGGUGGCCAUUGAAAAGUCGAAGAUCUACAUACCCAUCUUUUCUAAAGGUUAUGCUUCGAGCGCGUGGUGCCUUCGCGAGCUUGCACACAUGGUGAAUUGCAAGAAAUCCAAACCAUCUGAGAAGGAGAUUAUGCCAAUUUUCUACGACGUUAAGCCUCGCGAUGUUAAGCUUAAGUCUCAACGGUACGUUAGCGCUUUGGAGGAGCAUGAAGAGAAGUUCGGUCGCGAGACGAGGCAAAAGUGGGAGGAUGCCCUCAAAAGUGUAGCCCAAAUCAAAGGAUGGGAGUUGAAAAAGCAAGGGCACUGGAAAUUCAUUCAAUCGGUGCUACAAGAGAUUGUGAUGAAGCUGAAGACAAAAGAUAAAUACAUUACCGAGCAUUUAGUUGGAAUAGACGAUCCACUGGAAGCCGUUCUGAAGUUGUUGGACAUGGACUCUGGGGGCUUGCGCUUUGUGCUAAUCCAUGGAAUGGGCGGAAUCGGUAAAACAACUCUUGCUAAGAUGGUGUUCAACAAACUAAAUUCCGUUUUCAAUCAAUGCUGCUUCCUAGGAAAUGUCAGGGAAUUGUCGACCAGCUUUCGCAUCAUAAAUUUGCAAAAGCAAUUAUUGUCUAGCACAUUGGGUUUGGGCUUUCAAGAUCAAAUCAACGAUGUCGACGAUGGGAUCAAAGUGAUUUUGCAACGACUUUCUAACAAGAAAGUCUUGCUCGUUCUUGACGAUGUGGAUGAUGAGGAGCAACUCCAGAAACUAGCCAUCAACCACAUUAUGUUCGGCUUAGGAAGCAGAGUUAUUAUGACAAGUAGGAACAAAAGCAUCAUAAAAUCCAACAAAACUUUGGAGUAUGAAGUGAAGCCCUUGGAUGAUGUUCGAUCACUAGAGCUUUUCAGUCGACAUGCUUUUAGAACGAAUCCUCCUCCAGAUGGUUAUGUCAAUCUUUCGAGACAAAUAAUUUCUAUGACUGGAGGACUUCCUUUGGCUCUUGAAGUCAUAGGCUCAUUGGUUUAUCAUAAAAACAAAGCCUCAUGGUACGAUGUGCUAGACAAUUUGAGAGAAACACCUCCCAAGAAGGUCCAGGACAAGUUGAAGAUCAGCUACAAUGCCUUGAAUCAUGAGCAACAACAGGUUUUUCUUGACAUCGCAUGUCUCUUUGUGGAUGAGAACAAGACGAAUGCACUCUACAUGUGGAAGGAUUGUGGGUUUAGGCCAGAUUAUUCAAUUCAAGUCCUUGUUUGUAUGUCCUUAAUAAAGAUAAUCGAUCACAACAAAUUCUGGAUGCACGACCAACCGAGAGAUCUCGGAAGGAAAAUUGUUCGUGGAGAUACGAGACUAACCGAUCCAAGAAAGCAAAGCAGGUUAUGGGUUCCCGAGACGGCCAAUAAUAUCAUAGGAACAAAAGAGAGAAAGAAGGCCAUUGAAGCAAUUUGCUUAUGUGAACCAACACGAGUUUAUACGAGCAAAGAGUUUUCAAGGCUUCCAAACAUAAGGUUCCUCAUGUUAAAGGAGGGGAAUUUCAAUGGAGACUUUAACAAUCGGUUUUCAAAGUUAAGAUACAUGACCUGCAAAGUGGACUCUCAAGAGUUCUUGGCCAUCAAUUUCCAUCCAAGCAAUCUUGUAGUUCUUGAACUAAGCUUUAGUUCAAUCACAGGGGAAUGGGCUGGAUGGAGUCAAUUCAAGGAAGUUCAACUCGAUGGGGUUGAACAGUUGGUUGAAUUGGACGUGAGUAACUCGCACCUCCUUGAGGGAUUUGCUAGUCUUUCAAGUUUGAAGAGGUUGAAGCUGUUGAGGUUGUACACGUGUCAAAAUCUUACUGCCAUCCAAGGUCUUGGUUCAUUGGACUCGUUGGAGCAAUUGGAAAUAUCGGGUUGUCCUAACAUUGGAAGUCUGGAUGAUCUAUCGGAUUUGAAAAAGCUGAAGUCCUUGAAUAUUAGCUGUUGUGAAGAGCUUCAAGCAGUUAAGGGCCUGGAUGAACUAGAGACUCUCAGAAGAUUGACUUUUUGGUAUUGCAGAUCAUUGAAAAGUUUCCAUAACGUAUUCAACUCGAAAGUACCAGACGACUGCUUUCUAAGUAUUCACGAUUGCCCAAAUUUAGAAGCAGGAUCAGUUUAUGGCACAGUCAGCACGUACAAGGAACGGAAAGUUGGGGGCAAAAGAAGAAAAAGAAAGAGAGGAGUGUGAGACUGGGAUUUUUUAGUGCCUUGGUUAGUUUCUCACUAUUGAAUAACAAAGAUUUCAAGAAUUUAGUGACAUUUUCUUUUUCUGUAAUUGCGUCGUCACGUUUUUGUCGUUAUUAUGAAUUUUUUUGUAGUGUUUCCGA